ACCAUCGGAGCGUUCGUUGCUCCAUUUCUUUCUCUUUCAUUACUCUUUUUAUCUUUUUACAACACCUUUAUUAUUUUCAUGCCAGCAUGCCAGCCACAGAUUUGCUUCCAGACCAUCGUGCUUACGGUUCAAACGAGUAUUUGAACAACGACACCGCUACGUAUCACUCUUCGGUCGCUUCUCGAUCACACAGUUCGUCGUCCUGCACGGACGAUUUCGAUGAUGCACAGUCAACGGCAAGUGGGCUAACUGCUGAUACGGCGGCAACGGAAGAAGACCCUCACAACUUCAAAGUGAUCGAACCAAAUUCAUCUCAGACAACCACUGCACCGGGAAAGCCAAUCAAGCGCCGAAGUAGAGCCUGUACCAUUACGCAAAAAAAUUGCCCCUCAGAUACAUACGAUAAGGAAGAGAAAUCGGAGGCAAAGGAGUCAGUGCUUCAUCCUUCAGGGGAGGCACCCACCGGCAAGUCCGUGACGACAUGUUGGCAAAUCGAUAACGAUGAUGAUACGACAAAUGAGCUUCCUCCAAACGUCCUUGUCGAUGAUAUUCAUGAUCAAAUCCAUGAGUUGCAAACUUCGUGCCAUGCCGUGACUGAUUCCGACUCCGACACUGAUGCAGAGUUUACCCGACGUCGGCAUGAGAGUCAUCGAUCGACCAUGUCUUCGGCCCAAUCGUUUACAUCCACAGCGUCCAACUACGAUUUAUUGUUAGCUCGACUGUGUCAACCCGAACCUGUGAUGACCACGGAAAACCAAGUCGACGAGAUACGGACUUCCUUUGAAAGGGCGUACAACGAAGCGGUACGGACAGGCGGGGAGGAUGAGAUCGAUUGGGAAUUUUGGUCCAAAGUGAUUUCAGAUUUCAAUACGGUGGCGAAAACGCAGCCGAAAGCGCUUUCACGUCAAAUCCAACGAGGCAUUCCACCUUCCCUGCGAGGCAUGAUUUGGCAGCUGUUUGCCGAAUCCAAAUAUCCUAAAUUGGAAGAUCAGUACAUACAAUUACUGAAACAGGAAUCGGUCUAUGAAAAGGCCAUUUUGCGGGAUCUACCGAGAACAUUUGCCGAUCACGAGUAUUUCCAGAGCCAGGAUGGUCAAGAUGCAUUAUUUAACGUCAUUAAAGCCUACUCCCUCUACGAUCCGCAAGUCGGUUACAGUCAGGGUCUUACCCACAUCGUCGGUCCGCUGCUACUCAAUAUGCCAGAGGAGGAAGCAUUUUGCGUCUUGGUACAGAUGAUGAAUCGAUACAAUUUGAGGCGUCAGUUCGCACCCAAGAAUGAUUUGCUGUCGCAGCGAUUGUAUCAAUACGAAGGACUCCUAGAAGACCGGUUACCACACAUCAAACGCCACUUUGAGAUUUACGGCAUACGUAGCAGCAUGUACGCGAUGCAAUGGUUCACUACCUUGUUCGCCUACAAAUUUCCUUUACCAUUUGUGUUUCGAAUUUACGAUGUCAUUUUUGCUGAAGGGAUCGAUACCUUGCACCGGUUUGCGAUUGCGCUCAUUGAAAGAAAUCAGGCCACCAUUCUGAGCCUGGAAUUCGAUGAAUUGAUCCAAUUUCUGAGACACGAUCUUUUAAAGGUGUACAAGACCGAUCCCAAUCUGUUUGUGCAUGAUGCCUUUCAAAUCAUUCUUGCUCCAAAACGGCUAGAGAAACUGGCCAAAGAGUAUACCACCGAAGCAUCUCGAGCCAACACGGAAAUGCAAGCCGUGGAUGUACUAAGAAAACAGAACAAGGCCUUGUCAGAAGCUGUGCGUCAACUGGAAUGCCAACUUGGUCAGCUUCGACGACAGCAUGAUGAAGUGACCGAUGAACUCAUUUCGUCAAAGAUGGAAACUGCUCGAGUGCAAGACGAGAAUGAUGCGUUGCGGCAACAGUCUAAUGAUUUCAAAAAGGCGCUUGACACCUUACCGACGGAGAUGCAGAUACGCAUGAAGGAAGAAAUGGAGAUUUUAUGGACUAAAAAUGCGGCGCUCGUAGAACGAAAUUCGGCCCUGGAGGAUCAACUGGCGUAUAUGGAAAAUAUGAUUAUUGAUAUGAAAAUCAAGUACGCCGAAAGUGAAAAUGAACGAUACACGCUUCGUCAACGUUUGGUCGACCUUAAAAAGCUGAUACAAUAGACCCUUUAUAUUCGAAACCCAAUACUAUACGCAUUUGCCCUGACAAUGUGUUUUUCUCCUCUGGCCCGUCCACUAUAGAUGUGGCAACAAUAAAAUAUCAGAAAAUACAAUAAAGCAUGACAAAAACUACAGAC